ACUGUCUUUUCUUUCACCUUCUUCUGCAAAUUUUUAAGUAUAUAUGUCAACUUCGCAACUUCGACUCUCAUCUUUGACCUUUCCUGAAAACUUCAUCUUUGAGGUUUUCUCAUAAAGAUUGAAACUCUCCAUCUGGGUAUUUGUUUGUUGAUCACCUUGAGUGCUUUUAGUCAUUUUAUUUAAGUUUUGAUCAAGAAACAAUAAAUCUUGAAAAUGGGCAUGUGUAGUAGUAAAAGUAACAGUGGAGGUGCUAACCCAUAUGCUCAUACAACAAGAUCUGUUGAACCCAAAAUAGUUGACACAAAAUCACCACCUAAGGGAGCCCAAUUGCCUUCCCGGAGACAGGCGCCAACGCCUAGCCCGAAAAAGGUUCACAACACGAUCCUUGGGAAACCAUAUGAAGAUGUUAAAGAAUUCUACACAAUGGGGAAAGAAUUGGGUAAAGGUCAAUUUGGUGUCACUUAUCUUUGUAUUGAAAACUCAAGUGGUCAAAAGUAUGCUUGUAAGUCGAUAUCGAAAAAGAAACUUGUGACAAAGAGUGAUAAAGAUGAUAUGAGGAAAGAGAUACAGAUCAUGCAACAUUUAAGUGGGCAAGCUAAUAUUGUUGAGUUUAAAGGUGCUUAUGAAGAUAAGCAAUCUGUUCAUUUGGUUAUGGAGGUUUGUGAAGGAGGUGAGCUUUUUGAUAGGAUUAUUGAAAAGGGUCAUUAUAGUGAACGGGCUGCAGCCUCUGUUUGUAGGUCGAUUGUGAAUGUUGUUCAUGUUUGUCACUUUAUGGGUGUGAUGCACCGUGAUUUGAAGCCAGAAAAUUUCUUGCUUUCGGAUAAGAGUCAGAAUGCGCUUCUAAAGGCUACAGAUUUCGGGUUAUCACUGUUCAUUCAAGAAGGGAAAACACACCGGGAUAUUGUUGGUAGUGCCUAUUAUGUUGCACCUGAAGUGUUGAAGAAAAAAUAUGGUAAGGAAAUAGACAUAUGGAGUGCAGGGGUGAUACUAUAUAUCUUGCUAAGCGGAGUGCCUCCCUUCUGGGCAGAAACAGAGAAAGGUAUAUUUGAUGCCAUAUUAGAAGGACGCAUUGACUUUGAAAGCGAUCCCUGGCCAUCUAUAUCCAAGAGUGCCAAAGAUCUUAUCCGGAGGAUGCUGACCCAGGACCCAACGAAGCGUAUAACUGCUGCUCAAGUUCUUGAGCAUCCUUGGAUAAGAGUAGAUGGUGAUGCAUCAGACAAGCCAAUCGACAGCGCCGUUCUUUCAAGGAUGAAGCAAUUCAAAGUUAUGAACAAGCUCAAGAAACUUGCCCUCAAGGUUAUUGCGGAAAAUCUGUCAGCAGAAGAAAUUCAGGGGCUGAAAUCGAUGUUUAAAAACAUCGACACUGAUAACAGUGGGACAAUUACCUAUGAAGAGCUUAAAACUGGGCUGGCCCGAUUGGGAUCAAAGCUCACAGAGGCUGAAGUGAAGCAACUCAUGGAAGCUGCUGAUGUUGAUGGAAACGGGUCGAUUGAUUACAUCGAGUUUAUCACAGCAACAAUGCAUCGACACAAGUUGGAAAGGGAGGACCAUGUUUACAAAGCAUUCCAGCAUUUUGAUACCGACAAUAGUGGUUUUAUUACAAGAGAUGAACUGGAAAUAGCAAUGAAAAAUUAUAAUAUGGGAGAUGAAGCCACCAUUAAAGAGAUAAUAGCAGAAGUGGAUACUGAUAAUGAUGGGAAGAUAAAUUAUGAAGAAUUCUGCACGAUGAUGAGAAGUGGAACCCAGCCAGGGAAGCUGUUCUAAUAUGUUUUUAGCAGCAAAGCACUGCAGAAAGCAUAAGAAAACUGACAAUGGCAACUAGAUGGGAACAACAGAUCAUAUCAAGAGUUGAAUAAUCCAGAAGAACAGAGCCUUGUUGUAUGAUAUAAGGCUUCAAGCAAUUUUCGAGUACUAGCAUUAUAAAGAUUGUUUGUAUGAUAUUCAUUUAAACCACUCUGUUUAUGAAACUUCAUUUAUUUCUGCAACAUUCUAUAUUUCUAUAGCCUUUUAAAAAGGCCUGUCUUGAGUGGCCUAACGGUCAUUCCUAUACAGUUCAUAGAAAUUCAAUAAACAAAAGUAACAAUUAUUCGUAUCA